AUUCCUUGUAUCAGAGCAUUUUUGCCAAUUUAUGUCAAAUCACGGAGUAAUCAACAUGUGGCUUUCAAACUUCAUUCUGUGGACAUUGAUAGGACUUGCUGCUGUUGAAACUCUUCCUGGGCCGAGAGCACGACUAGAUAUACCGCUUGCAGAAUUGCAAUCACCCGAUGAUACCAGUGAUAGAUAUUACGUAGUCCCUCCACUGAUCCGGGCAAAACGACUAGAUGAAACAACUUCGGUGAAAGUAAAUCCUGCGGAAACUACUACGGAGAAAGUAGAGACUGACGUUAAAACUACGGUGGAUCCAAACGCUAAGGAAACCGUGACUAAGUUCGUAACAACAGAACUCCCAUCUGCAGAAUCAACCUCUGUGGGGUCGACUUCAGAAGAAAUACCCCUUCCACCACCCACCGAAGUUUAUCCCAAUAUGCCGAAACACUUUCCAUAUCCCUUGAUGGGUGUGAAUACUGCUCCGCUACCAACUAAACGCAGAAUACUACAUUAGUUUGACCGAUUGGUGCGUCGAUUGGACUGCUUUAGAGACAUCGUUGGAAGCUAUGUGAUGCAAAUAAAAUUCAAACCUGAA